ACAGGUCGGGCACAUGCAAGCUGCCCAAAUGGAAGGGUCGAACAAUAACAAUAACAGCAGUAAACACAAAGUCCUGCCUAAAGUCAAAGAAUUCUUCAAGAACCAGCGGAAAGAAUCCGAGGGUUCUGUGGACUCCCCAAGCCUGGAGUUUGAAUAUGGAGACACUGACAGCAUCACUGCAGAGCUUUCAGAACUUUACAGCUACACCGAAGAACCUGAAUUUGCCUUAAACAGAGAUUGUUUUGAAGAAGAUUUCAGGACGCAAGUAAAAGACAAGAGAUGGAUAGAACUGGACAUUCCAGAUCAGAAGGCGUACGUGAUGAGGCUGCUGGAUGCACUGGAGGUUACUAAUAGAGAUAAAAGGCUGAAGGUGUCAAGGGCCAUUCUCUAUCUAGUACAAGGUGUGUUUGGUGAGUGCGAUUGUGAACUGGACGUGCUCUAUUGGUCUCGUCAGAACACCUUCCUUCUCUAUGAAAUGGGGAUCUUCACUGCCCUCUUAGAGCUGCUCAGCAUGGAAAUAGAUAAUAACCAGGCUUGCAGCAGUGCAGUGAGGAAGCCAGCUAUUUCUCUAGCAGACAGCACAGAGCUCAGAGUCCUCUUGAGCAGCAUGUACCUCAUGGUGGAAACCAUUCGCCUGGAGACUGAAGAUGAGAAGACAGAGUGGCAGUCUGUCAGAGAGACCUUCAGAACAGAACUGAGUACCCAGGUGUACAAUGGAGAACCUUUUGCUCUGCUUCUCUUUACAAUGGUUACCAAGUUCUGCAGCAUGAACUCUCCUCACUUCCCCAUUAAGAAGGUCCUUCUCCUCCUCUGGAAGACAUUGCUGUUUACUCUCGGUGGCUUUGAGGACCUGCAAGCCAAGAAGGUAAAGACCCGGGAGGCGCUGUGCCUGCCUCCCCUCCCUGAGAACAGUAUCAAGGUAGUGCGGAGCAUGAGGGCAGCCUCCCCUCCGGCCUCCGCCAUGGAGCUCUUCGAGCAGCAAAGACGGGGGCGCAGCAGCCGCAGGCCCUUGGUGAAACAGGACAGCCUGGACAGCUAUAAUGAGCGCGACCCAUUCAAGAACGACGAAGCGCGGGAUGAUGAGGAGGACAACGACGAUGCAGACAGCGGGAUUGAGGGUGAGGUGGGUCAUCUGGACAGAGACGUCAUCAUCCAGCCCCCUCCCCCUCCCCCUCCCCUCAGACCUCCCUCAGAGAGAGUGUCCUUGCCCAGAGGGCUGCCUUGGGCAACCAAAGUCAGAGAAAAGGAUAUUGAACACUUUUUGGAAACAAGCAGAAACAAAUUCAUUGGCUUCACCCUGGGAAAUGAUAUUGACACCCUGGUGGGGUUGCCGAGACCCAUCCAUGAAAGUGUGAAAACGCUCAAACAGCACAAGUACAUCUCCAUUGCAGAGGUCCAGAUCAAGAAAGAGGAUGAAUUACAGCAGUGUCCAAUGACCUUGGGAGAAGAAGAGGUAGAAGAGAGCCCAAUUGAAAUUCUUUACCAGGGAAUGUUAUCCAACCUGUCUCAGUAUGUGAUUGCCCUGUUGAAACUUCUGCUUGCUGCAGCCCCUACCUCAAAGGCCAAGACAGACUCUAUCAACAUCCUGGCUGAUGUGUUACCUGAAGAAAUGCCCAUCACCGUCCUGCAAAGCAUGAAGCUGGGAAUUGAUGUGAACAGGCAUAAGGAAAUUAUUGUCAAGGCCAUAUCUGGGCUCCUCCUGCUGCUGCUAAAGCACUUUAAACUCAACCAUAUCUACCAGUUUGAAUAUGUCUCCCAGCACUUGGUGUUUGCCAACUGUAUACCUUUAAUACUGAAGUUUUUCAACCAGAACAUCAUGUCUUACAUCAGUGCCAAAAACAGUGUCUGUGUUCUGGAUUUCCCACAUUGUGUCGUUCAUGAGCUGCCUGAGUUAACUGCUGAAAGCCUGGAAGCUGGAGCCAACAACCAGUUCUGCUGGCGGAACCUCUUCUCUUGCAUCAACCUGCUGCGGAUUCUAAACAAGCUAACUAAAUGGAAACAUUCAAGGACAAUGAUGCUGGUGGUAUUUAAAUCCGCUCCAAUCCUGAAACGUUCCCUGAAGGUAAAGCAGGCGAUGAUGCAGCUGUAUGUUUUGAAACUGUUGAAAAUCCAGACCAAAUACCUUGGGCGUCAGUGGAGAAAGAGCAACACGAAAACCAUGUCUGCCAUCUAUCAGAAAGUACGCCAUCGCCUCAAUGAUGACUGGGCAUAUGGAAAUGAUAUUGAUGCCCGUCCCUGGGAUUUCCAAGCUGAGGAGUGUGCGCUGAGAGAGAGCAUUGAAAAGUUCAACAGCCGCAGAUACGACAAGAACCAGAACACAGACUUCACCCCGGUCGAUAACUGUUUGCAGAGUGUGCUGGGACAGAGAAUGGAGCUCCCGGAGGACUUCCAUUUCAGCUAUGAAAUGUGGUUGGAGAGGGAAGUUUUCUCACAGCCAAUCCAAUGGGAAGAGCUCCUGCAUACAGAAUAAGCAUGGAGGAUCUUUAUUCCAAAGUUCAACUUUUGUAUGCCUUUGUUUUUUGUGAGAACUAUACAAUUUACAAAACUGGUACCCAAAGCAGCUACUGGUUUGGCUAAUUUAAGGACCCCAAAGAGGGUAAAUCCAGCCCAUGAUAGUGGCAUGUCUCACUUUAAAUUAGUCUGCCUUGGUGUGCCUUUGACACACAGUUUUAUAGUAUAUUAAAAAAUAUUACCAUUGUUCCUUGAAACAGGUCUGUUUUGAACUAGUAUAACUGAAACCAUAAGUGUUCAUGUCAUAUUGAGUUAAAGUAUUUUUCUUACUCUUUUGAUGAUGUUAACAAUCACUCCGAGUUCUGUGGCUCCUUUAUUGAAUUAAUAAGGGAAUAUUUUGGAGAGCUUUCUCCAGAUAGAAGAGAAUCAUUAUUUGUGUUGGUGCAGUAACAGAUGUUGUUUCCACAGUAAAUACCUGACAAAUGAACAACUCACUGCUUUUCAGCAAGACUGUGAAGAAGAUUUGCAAUAAUUAAUAAGGUGUUGAGUGGACUUUAAAAUGGUUUCAUGGCACAAAGUUGGACAUGCGCCACUGCACUUAAAUAGAGUUUCAUAUUGAUAUUACGUGAUUCAAUGAUCAUUUCACUUCACUUCUGGCAGGUCAAAGCUGAUUUGUUGACCACAGAGUCUGAACUCCCUUUAGUUUGUAUGUGAGGUACACAAAAUUAUCUUUUGUAGUCCUUGGAAGGGACUUGCUGGGUUUCAGAGCUGUAACAGGUCUAAAAAAAGGGUGGUUACAUCGUCUUUCAUUUCAAUUCCCAGUAUCAGUGUUGCAGUUUCCUUAAUUGUAUUUGGUGCCAGUAUCAAACUGCUUACUCAUUAGCAAAACUGAAGGCUAUUUCAUUACACAAGAAAGCAUCAGAAAUGAUGAUAGGCCAUCACAAUCAGCCUUUGAUAGCUGCAGUAUUUGCAUUGGUGGUGCACUGAGUGACAACAGGGUUCAGUUACCAUGAGGAACCUGCAUUAAGUGCCUGGGUUCGGUAUAUCAGGCUGUAAGGUAUUACAUAUCCUUACUGUCUGGACUCAAAGUAAGAGCUCUGUGCUCCAUUUUAACCACUGCUAGCCACACUUUCAUGGCAGUUUCGGUAAAUAAAAUAAGUGUGUGUGUGGACACUUGGGAGGGCUGGUGGUUGUGCCUAUAAACAAGCUGUAAUCUUGAGAGCAAUCUCUUGAACAUGUAACAGGUCUUGGUGAUAUUAUCUGAUAACUGUUUAUCCAAGCAGGGAUUCACAAACUGGUGCCCCCCCCC